AUGGGUGGGGAAGUUCCCUUUCGCCCCGCUCCCCCAGCUCUACCCCGGCUAGCUGAGCGCCCGGUCGGUCAGCGCAUCAACAGCAUCUACACCGAUCGGCUGAAGCAGUUCACCUCAAGCGGCCAGUACGAAGGCCAGAACCUUAUAUCGAAAUACUGGGAAGCCACAAACUCCGACGAAGACCAUGUCAAGCUCUCUGUUUACUCGGUCCCAGACCUACAGCGACCGACCUUCGAGGAUGCAACCUCCCAUGAGUUCAAGCCAACCCAUAUCGGCGCUUCUUUUGGCCCUAGCUGGUCCACACAUUGGUUCCGCAUUCACCUUACAGUCCCACAGGACAUGCUUGACCGGGAGCGGUUGGAGUUCCACUGGGAUGCCAAUAAUGAGGGUUUGAUCUGGACGGAAGAUGGUCGCCCGCUGCAGGGUUUGACUGGUGGUGGAGAGCGGACUGAGUUUAUUCUUCCCAAGGAGUGGUGUGAUGGGAAGACUCAUAUUUUCUACAUUGAGAUGGCUUGCAAUGGCAUGUUUGGCAAUGCUCCCGGUGGCGAUUCGAUUCAGCCGCCCAAUCCUAACAAGUACUUCACUCUCAGUACGGCUCGUAUUACAGCUGUGAACCUGGCUGCUCGAGCUCUCUACUAUGAUUUCUGGAUCAUUGGGGACGCUGCGCGAGAAUUCCCAGGUGAUUCGUGGGAGGCGCAUGAAGCUAACGUGGUGGCCAAUUCCAUGAUCGAUGCCUUCAUCGCCGGCGAUGGAAGCAACGAGUCUAUCGAAAAAGCACGGAAACUUGCUAGGGAAUAUCUCGGUGACAAGGUGGAUUCGUCCGAGGUUUACAACACGGACACUCAGCCGAUCGUUUAUGCUAUUGGCCAUUGCCACAUUGAUACCUGCUGGCUGUGGCCUUGGGCAGAAACAAAGCGCAAGGUUGCACGCUCAUGGUCAAACCAAUGUGAUCUGAUGGAACGGUAUCCUGAACACCGGUUUGCCUGCUCUCAAGCGCAACAGUUUAAAUGGCUGAAGGAGUACUAUCCAACAGUCUUUGAGCGCGUGAAGAAGUGGGUUAAGAAAGGCAACUUCCAGCCAAUUGGUGGCAGCUGGGUCGAGCACGAUACAAACAUGCCAAGUGGCGAAUCAUUAGUCCGACAGUUCCUGUACGGACAGCGGUUCUUCGAGGCAAACUUUGGCAAGCGAGCCACGACCUUCUGGUUGCCGGACACCUUCGGAUAUUCUACUCAGAUCCCCCAGAUCUGCCGCCUGGCUGGAAUGAGCCGAUUCUUCACCCAGAAGCUCAGCUGGAACAACAUCAAUAACUUCCCCCAUACUACAUUCCAAUGGGUUGCACUUGAUGGUAGCCAGGUAAUGUGCCACAUGGCCCCAGCAGAGACCUACACGGCCGAAGCACAUUUCGGUGAUGUGAAGCGCAGUGUCACUCAGCACAAAUCCAUGGACAAAGAUAAGACAUCCCUGCUUGUCUUUGGAAAGGGUGAUGGAGGUGGCGGUCCGACUUUCGGACACCUCGAGAAAUUACGUCGCUGCCGUGGACUCAGCGACAAAGUCGGCUCACUUCCUCGAGUGAAGAUGGGCGAGUCUGUUGAUGAUUUCUUCGCUGGUCUGGAGGCAAAAGCUGCCAAUGGUACAGACUUUGCUACCUGGUACGGAGAGCUUUACUUCGAGUUACACCGUGGUACAUACACAACCCAGGCGAACAACAAGCGCAACAACCGAAAAGCGGAGUUCCUUUUGCGUGAAAUUGAGCUUCUCGCAACCUUGGCUACUGUUCAUGAUUCCAAUAGCGAAUAUAAGUAUCCCAAGAAGGAGAUUGAUGAGAUGUGGGAGGGCACACUCCUUUGCCAGUUUCAUGAUUGCCUGCCAGGCAGCUCGAUUGAGAUGUGCUAUGAUGAUUCUGAUGAACUUUAUGCCAAGAUCUUUGAGAUUGGCACAAAGCUGCGGAAGGAUGCUCUUGAGGCUUUGGGUAUUAUUGGAAAGUCUAACAGUUGUGAAAUGGUGGCUCUCAACACUUUGCCGUGGCCUCGAACGGAAGUCGUCAAGGUCCCUUCUGCGCUGUCAACAUCGACUGGGCCCGAGUAUGCCGUGGCUACCGGGUCCACUGGACUGAUUAACUUCAACCAGGAUAACGAAUCGGGCAUGGCGGUUACUGUGAAGGAAGUCCAGCCUGGUGUCUUCCGUCUGCAGAAUGACAACCUCAAAGUCGAUGUCAAAGAUGGUGUCAUCAUCUCCCUUUUCGAUAUUGAAGCAGACAGGGAAGUCGUCGCAAAGGGCGGUAAUGCUGGUCAGCUAGUCAUCUUUGAUGAUAAGCCUCUCUACUGGCAAGCAUGGGAUGUCGAGGUGUUCCAUCUCGAAUCACGCAAAGAACUACCUUCUGGAAAGACUGUCAUUACUGAAAACAACCCGCAUCGGGUCAGUGUCAUGACCGAGACGAAGAUCAGCGACAAGAGCUGGAUCAAGACAACCAUCAGCCUGUCGCGAUCAUCGACAAAUGAACCAUCCUACGUGGAAAUGGAGAGCGAGGUAGAAUGGCAAGAGACCAUGAAAUUCCUCAAGGUCGAGUUCCCCGUAGAUAUCACCAACACCGAGGCAUCCUACGAGACUCAAUACGGAAUCAUCAAACGCCCCACCCAUUACAACACAAGCUGGGACAUGGCCAAAUUCGAAGUCUGCUGCCACAAAUGGGCCGACCUCUCGGAGAACGGAUACGGUGUCUCAAUCCUCAACGACUCCAAGUACGGCUUCGCCACAUGCGGCAACCUAAUGCGCCUUUCACUGCUCCGCGCCCCGAAAGCACCAGAUGCACACGCCGACAUGGGCCGCCAUAACAUCCGCUACGCAAUCCUUCCACACGCAGGCCCUCUCGACGACCGAACAAUCCGCGCAGGCUUCAAUUUCAAUAACCCACUCGUUGUAGAGCAAGCCGGGCCCAAGGCAUCAACCGCCGCUGCAAUUUUCAAGGCUGUUUCUAUUAAGGGGGCGCCAUCUUUGAUUUUGGAUGUUGUCAAGCGUGGCGAGGAUGAUGAAGAUGUUGCUCGGGAUGGCGUUCCUACGCGUCCUGGGAAGAGUGUUAUCCUACGCAUCUAUGAGUCAUUGGGUGGUAAGGCCCGUGGUACUAUUGAGACUUCUUUGCCCGUUAAGAAGGCUUGGAAGUGCAAUGUACUGGAGGAUAAUGAAGAUCUUUUGGAUCUAAAGCGGACUGAUGAUCGUGCUAUGCACAAUAUUGAUAUUGAGUUGAGGGCUUUUGAGGUCGCUACGUUCCGACUGCAGCUUUGA